AAGAUGCACCCGUUCUGCGGCUGGUGGGCACCUCCAAUCGGUGCUCGGGACGCGUGGAGAUUCUCCACCAGGGGACCUGGGGCACUGUGUGUGAUGACCUGUGGGACCUGACUGAAGCCGAGGUUGUGUGCAGACAGCUGGAGUGUGGACAGGCAAUUGCUGCUCCUGGAAAGGCCUACUUUGGCAGAGGUUCUGGGGACAUUCUUCUGGACAACAUUCAGUGUUCAGGAAGUGAGAACCAUCUUGGCCAGUGUUCCAGCUCUGGCUGGUCAGACCACAACUGUGGCCAUCACGAGGAUGCCGGUGUGGUCUGCUCAGAUGCUGGGAACUGGGCUGCAGAUGUGACUCCUGCACCCUCAGCUUCCAUUCGUCAAGGCCCUGUACCACAAGAAGGAAGUAACUCUUGUGGAGGAGUAAUUUCAAGCCUCUCAGGCUCUUUCUCCAGUCCUUGGUAUCCAACAAACUACCCCACUGAUGUGGAGUGUGUCUGGGUGAUACAGGUGGCUGAGAAGUUCCACAUAGAACUGAAGAUCCCACACCUGAAACUGGAAGACAUCUAUGGGUGCCCUUAUGACUUUGUGGAAGUGUUUGACGGGUGGCAAGCUGCCUCACUCUCCAUGGGCAGGUUUUGUGCUGGGAGGGAGCUCACAUUCCUCUCCUCUUCAAACAUCAUGACUGCAGUGUUCAGAAGUGAUGGCAUGAUCACCAACACAGGGUUUUAUGCCCUGUACAACAUUGUGCAGCAGGAUGAAAGCGAGAGUGGUAGGUAA